AUGCCUCGUCCAGGGAAAAACUCUUACAGCGACCAGAAGCCUCCUUACUCCUACAUAUCACUCACAGCGAUGGCUAUUCAGAACUCGGCUGAAAAGAUGCUGCCUCUGAGUGACAUUUAUAAGUUCAUCAUGGAUCGCUUUCCAUAUUAUCGAGAGAAUACCCAGAGAUGGCAGAAUUCCCUGCGACACAACCUCUCAUUUAACGACUGCUUCAUCAAGAUACCCCGUCGGCCUGAUCAGCCGGGGAAAGGCAGCUUCUGGGCUCUUCAUCCGGACUGCGGUGACAUGUUUGAGAACGGCAGCUUCCUGAGGAGACGGAAGCGCUUCAAGGUGCUGCGUGCCGAGCAUAUGACCUGCAAGAGUUCCCCCAUGAUGCACUAUUUCCACCAUCACCACCAUCACCCUGGCAGCAAAUUGGGCACUGCAUCCAGCCACCACGACCACUCAGCCGCCCCUCCAAACGUGGGUCGCCUUCCUCACUUUCAGGGUUACGGGGGCAUCACUUGCGCACAGCCCGGUGGGUUUAAACACCCAUUUGCCAUAGAGAACAUUAUAGGAAGGGACUACAAGGGUGUGAUGGCCAGUGGGCUUCCCCUUACCUCGGUUAUGCACCAUCUGGGUUACCCGGUGCCCCCUCAGCUCAGCAGCAUGGUCAAUUCUAUGUGGCCGCACGUCGGCAUGCUCUCAGAGUCUAUGGGUGGCGUAUCCGUGCCAGCAUCAUCCGAGUACGCACCAUUCAGCGUGUCAGCCAAGGGCCUGUACCACAACGCCAACGGGCAAACCCUGCCAGCCGUUCCAGUGCCAAUAAAACCCACCCCGUCCCUGGGCCCCGUGCCGGGUUUGACGGGUCUGCAGUCCGGCCCGGCCCAGAUCUGCUCGCCGUCCUCACUGAUGGAGAAAAGUGAUCUGCUAGAGGGAAAAGGGAACCCUCUACACCCGGCCCUCCUGCUGUCCUAA